AUGCAGGUACUUCACGUGGGUUAUCAAAUCGACAUUAUGUGUCAGACAGUAACGGAUAUGCCUAUCAUAGAUAAAGAACAAUUAAGAUUCUUCAUUAAACGUCAUCAGGAUAUCAUAAUAUUUACAGAAAAGAUCGAAAAAUACUUUACGUAUAUCGCACUGAGUCAACUUUUCACGAAUACACUGGUUACCUGUUGUUUGGGUGUUAUGAUCGUCAUUGUGUUUACUACUGGUGGAGGAGCUAUUUUAGUCAUGAAAUACCUUAUGUUUUUCGUUAACAUUUGGGUAGAAGCAAUCCUCUGUGAUAUGUUAUCAACAAUAGAAGAAGAAUGUAAGAAGUAUGCUUUUAUCGACAAGACUGGUUUGAUAUUAAAAACAAUUCAUGUUUCUUACCGUUUAACAACUUCAAUUAUUGUUCUCUACGUGAUGGUGGCAAUUAUUCACAUUAUUGGUAAUGCAACAUCUGCACACAGUAAUGAAACAUAUUCUUUGAUCUUAAAAAUGGACUUGCCCUUUGAAAUCAACAAAUCGCCUAAUUAUGAGCUCGUGUUAACUGCACAAAUAUUUCAUCAAACAUAUACUGCUUUUACAUUUAGCGUCUAUAGUGCUCUCAUCCUAAUGGUGGUACUUCACGUGGGUUGUCAAAUAGAUAUUCUGUGUCAAACAAUAAUUGAUGUUCCUCUCAGAGACAAGAAACAAUUAGAAUUCUUUAUCAGCCGUCAUCAGGAUAUCAUCGUAUUUACAGAAAAAAUUGAACAGUUCUUUACUUACAUGGCACUUAGCCAACUCUUAUCAAAUAUUCUGAUUACUUGCUGUCUAGGAUUUCUCAUCAUAAUGUCGAUAAGUGGCGAUGCAGAACUUUCUGUAUUCUUCAAAUCUGUUUCGUUCUACAUUGCUCUUUGGAUAGAAGCAUACGUAUAUUGUUUCGCUGGAGAAUACCUCAAUACCAAGAUCUUGAAAGCUUCAGCAUCAUAUAUGUCGGUACUGCUUGCAAUGUCUUAA